CAAUGAUCAACGCUCCCAAUGUUCCAAGAGCUGAAAAGUGGUUUCAUAGGAUGGAGUCCGAGCACCUGAAGAGGCUGCGUCAGGCCAAUCGGGACCUUCUGCAGAGGUUGAGAAUGAAGCAGGAAGAGAUCAGGAAAAGACUUCCCAGCAAGCCACGAUGUCCAUCAUCUCUUCAUAACAUAGCAGCUACUGAAAGAUCUGUCCCCUCACCCAUAAGAGCGGAGAAUCAGGUUGCUGCUGUGAAGCCUGGAGCUGACCCUGUAGUGUUGGUGUCUGUGAAGCCUGGAACUUUGGCAGCCAGAGCAGCCCUCUGUUCAUCUCUUAAACACAGCAACAGUGACAGAGAGCUACAACAGCAACAAGCAAAGAUGCAGGAAGCAGUAGGUUUGAAUUCCAGCAUUCUUGGGAAAGAAAAGGAUGUUAUGCCAGUGUCUGCAGUCACUGUGUGUGACAGAGAAACCUCUGGAGUGGACAGGGAUGGCCAUGCUCAAGGAAGUCCAGAGAAAGAAUCUCUCCUUCUGGGAUAUGGAGAGAACAGCAAAGAGUCCACUCUGCUACAUGGUUUCCAUGAGAAAAAACAGCUUGAAGGUCUUCUGGCCCCAUCACUGAGCAGAACACAAAAUGAAGAGACCAGCAAGCAAGAUGUGGUCAUUGGAGAGCCCAUAAUCCGCAAAUCAAUCUUGAUGACUUCUCAGUCCAAAGAGUUGAAGAAGGAAGCUGGCCAUGUGACUUUUCAGUCUAACCCUGAGGAAUAUACCAUACCUGCGAGCAGCUGGUCUGCGAGGCCUUUCCUGGGCUAUGACUGGAUUGCAGGGCUCCUAGAGUCAAACUCUUCAGUAGCAGAAAAAUCUGACCAAUACUAUGCUGAGCUGCAGGAGUUCCGACAGGCCAACAAAGACAUAUGUAUUCAUGAGCAGCACACAGAGCCCAAGGCUCUGGAUGACUUAAUUCCUGAACAAGAACCAGAUUUGAUAACCAGUUCCCAUAAGUGUGUUUACUGUUACCGAUUAAACCAGCGCCUCUUCACCGUCCCUGUGGAUUUGGAAUCUGCCUGCCCCAUCUGCAGGAUCCCACGUGCUCAGCGGCCCCUGGGGACACUGGAAGAGCCAACCUAUGUCAGGGUCAGCAUUCCCAGGGCUACCCUUAAGCCUGCCUACAAAUACAAAGCCCAUCACAGGAAGAGCUUUGAGCCAGUAGACAAUCUAGCAUUACCUUCGCAUUGCCUGGCUGGCUGGGAAAAUACCAUCCCUUCCAGCACCCCCACACACAGCAGUUUGGAUCUGCGAGCUUCACUGGAAGAGAAACCCUCUCACUAUCCUCCUCUGAACUCAGUGUCCUGAGUGUUAGGAAGAACCAGAACUGACAUGCUUCACGUCUCGCAGUGCUUCUCAGCAGAAGGAGCAAAAUGAACUGGACACUACA